UGAAGUUCAAGCUGCUAGGGAGAUUGGUGAGCCUGUGAUCAGUUUCAAUCCACUUGGAAACUUUCCAAAACCAUGCCCCGCGAGAGAGACGUCUACUUUGCAAAACUCGCCGAGCAGGCUGAACGCUAUGAUGAGAUGGCCGACUAUAUGAAGGCAGUCGGUGAUGAUGGCUCGGAGCUUUCAGUGGAGGAGCGCAACUUGCUGUCUGUGGCCUACAAGAACACCGUUGGAUCUCGUCGUGCUGCUUGGCGCAUCAUUUCAAGCGUGGAGCAAAAGGAGAAGUCCAAGGGCAAUGAGACCCAAGCAGGCUAUGCUAAGGACUACCGGGUCAAGGUUGAGAACGAGUUGCAGAAGAUUUGCGACACCAUCCUCAAGCUGUUGGAUCAGGGCCUCAUCCCAAAAGCCGCUCAGGCAGAGUCGAAAGUGUUCUACCAGAAGAUGAAGGCAGACUACUACCGCUACAUCGCAGAGUUCCGCGGUGGUGAUGAGAAAAGCAAAGCAGCAGAGGAGGCACGGAAAGCGUAUGCGGAAGCGGCUGACGUGGCAAAAGCUGACCUGGCAGUCACUCAUCCAAUUCGUCUUGGCCUGGCCUUGAACUACUCGGUCUUCAUGUAUGAGGUGCUGAACGAUCCAGAUGAAGCCUGCAAAAUGGCCCGCACAGCCUUUGAGGACGCCAUUGCAGAGCUUGACAAUGUUGCAGAAGAUUCCUACAAGGAUUCCACCUUGAUCAUGCAGCUUUUGCGAGACAAUCUGACUCUCUGGACUUCUGACCAGGAAGCCGGAAAUUCCAUGCCCCGCGAGAAAGACGUCUACUUUGCAAAACUCGCCGAGCAGGCUGAACGCUAUGAUGAGAUGGCCGACUAUAUGAAGGCAGUCGGUGAUGAUGGCUCGGAGCUUUCAGUGGAGGAGCGCAACUUGCUGUCUGUGGCCUACAAGAACACCGUUGGAUCUCGUCGUGCUGCUUGGCGCAUCAUUUCAAGCGUGGAGCAAAAGGAGAAGUCCAAGGGCAAUGAGACCCAAGCAGGCUAUGCUAAGGACUACCGGGUCAAGGUUGAGAACGAGUUGCAGAAGAUUUGCGACACCAUCCUCAAGCUGUUGGAUCAGGGCCUCAUCCCAAAAGCCGCUCAGGCAGAGUCGAAAGUGUUCUACCAGAAGAUGAAGGCAGACUACUACCGCUACAUCGCAGAGUUCCGUGGUGGUGAUGAGAAAAGCAAAGCAGCAGAGGAGGCACGGAAAGCGUAUGCGGAAGCGGCUGACGUGGCAAAAGCUGACCUGGCAGUCACUCAUCCAAUUCGUCUUGGCCUGGCCUUGAACUACUCGGUCUUCAUGUAUGAGGUGCUGAACGAUCCAGAUGAAGCCUGCAAAAUGGCCCGCACAGCCUUUGAGGACGCCAUUGCAGAGCUUGACAAUGUUGCAGAAGAUUCCUACAAGGAUUCCACCUUGAUCAUGCAGCUUUUGCGAGACAAUCUGACUCUCUGGACUUCUGACCAGGAAGCCGGAAAUUGAGACUUGUGAUGACUUGUCACAACUUGUGUGGCGCUUGCCACACCACAGAUCUGAUAGGCCGACGAAAGCAACACAGACACUUUGGUUGCGAAUAGUUGGCCCAGCAUGCAGCGCAAUGCCUGUGGC